AUGGUUGAGGUCGUGGAUGGAAUCAACUUGCAAGAGGUCGUGAUACCAGCGAUAUGCUUCGCGGUUUGCGCCGGCUUCCAGACGUGGGAGUUCCUCGGCUCCCAUGACGAUCCCGCGCGGGCUCGGACCCUUUUCAAGGCUGUGAGGGCUGGCUGGGUCAAGGACCAAUUUAUGAAGGGGACGGCGGCCUGCAACACCACCCGAGACUACAUCAAGUCGGCCGUGUUCAUGGCCAAUACCGCCAUUACUCUCGCCACCUUCGCUGUAGGAUACGCAGGGUCGAUCUACACGGACUGUUCCGACGACGACGACGACUGCACCCCGGAGGACUGGCUGUUCGUGAUCAAGCUCGGCUGCCUCUCGGCGGUCCUGCUCGUGAACUUCUUCGUCCUGACGCAGUGUACUCGCUUCGCGGUGCACUUCAGCUUUUGCAUCAACACCAGAGAGAUCGAAGGCGUGCCGAUGUCUCACGCGAUGUUGGUCAACGUAUUCGAGCACUCCCACAAGUACUUCAGCCUGGGCAUCCGGCUGUACUUCGGAACAAUUCCAGUUUUCGCGUGGAUCUUUACCCCCUGGGCGCUCCUCGCCGUGACUCCCGUGUACGUGUACAUGGUGAGAGGGCUAGAGAACGCCGGGUUCGUCAAGGACGAGAUGGACCAGAUGACCGGGCGCAAAAGAGCCACGCUGCCGCCCCCGGGAUCGGAGUCCACGGCGGAUGCUCGUGCUGUGUCAGCGACAGCAACAGCGGCAGGGGGCUUGGAGGAAGGGCCAUCCGACAAAAACCUUUAAAUCAGUCAGUUUAUCUUCAAACAAUGUGUUUAGCAUCUGCCGUUGCGGUGGAGUUUCCGAUUGUCACAGAGACAAGGCCGUGACAAGGUUGGGUUUAGUUCGAAUUGCACAUUGCUGUUUAUUGGAGACCCUCCUCUUAUCUUUUUCGUAGAUGAAACGCCGCGGAUUGGUUCAUUUGAGAGCCUCUUUUAUCUUUUUCGUAGAUGAAACGACGCCGAUUGGUUUAUUGGAGAGCUUCUUUUUUUUUUCGUAGAUGAAACGACGCGGAUUGAAGUGUGCGGGGGUGGGUGGUGUGAAUAGUUUUGGAGAAGUUGUCCUUGAGGGUUCUCUUGCCCUAGACUAUGGCAUCAGUCGUUAAAC